UAAGACGGGUUGAAAACAACCACUGGACGCCUCUGGAAGUGAUGCACAUUCGCUCUGUUUGACAACACGGUUUUUCUGAACUUCUUUUUCCACGCAAUUAUUGCAGUUUUGUGAGUGAAAUCACUUUUAUUCGGUAGAUCAAAGAGUUAUUUACCGAGUGGUGAUUGGGGUGUUUGUGCGAGAUAGUGGGAUAAGGGUGAAAAAUCGCUCGAAAGUGUGACGUGCGGGAGUGAGGUUAGGAUUUGCGCGGUCGGCAUAAUGGUUCCAAUGGGGCCUCUGGGGGGCUCCGGGCCACACAAUCCACAUUCCGUGCACGGUGUUCCGCCGCCAAUACAGAGUACACCAUCGGGACCCAACACUCUGUCAACGAAUAGCCAGUCAAACAAAGCAUCCUCGACAUCCGUGAAGCCAAACUACACACUCAAAUUCACUCUUGCUGGGCACACAAAAGCUGUUUCCGCUGUAAAAUUCAGCCCAAAUGGCGAAUGGCUGGCUAGUUCAUCUGCGGACAAAUUGAUCAAGAUUUGGGGCGCUUAUGAUGGCAAGUUCGAGAAGACGAUCGCCGGACACAAGCUGGGCAUCAGCGAUGUGGCGUGGUCGAGUGACAGUCGUCUUUUGGUCAGCGCCAGUGAUGACAAGACGCUGAAGAUUUGGGAAUUGAGCUCCGGCAAGUGCCUGAAGACGCUCAAAGGUCACACGAACUAUGUCUUCUGCUGUAACUUCAAUCCGCAGAGCAAUCUCAUUGUGUCCGGCAGCUUCGAUGAGUCCGUGCGAAUCUGGGAUGUACGAACGGGGAAGUGCUUGAAGACGCUUCCCGCCCACUCGGAUCCCGUCUCUGCAGUGCACUUCAAUCGGGAUGGAUCGCUGAUUGUCUCCUCCAGCUAUGACGGUCUCUGUCGCAUCUGGGACACAGCCAGUGGACAAUGUCUGAAGACGCUCAUCGAUGACGACAAUCCGCCAGUGUCCUUUGUCAAGUUCUCACCAAACGGAAAGUACAUCCUGGCCGCCACGCUGGACAACACCCUCAAGCUUUGGGACUACUCCAAGGGCAAAUGCCUGAAGACCUACACGGGCCACAAGAACGAGAAAUACUGCGUGUUUGCCAACUUCUCAGUCACCGGCGGAAAGUGGAUUGUGUCCGGGAGUGAAGACAAUAUGGUUUACAUUUGGAACCUGCAGAGCAAAGAAGUGGUGCAGCGUCUUCAGGGACACACUGACACAGUUCUUUGCACCGCCUGCCACCCAACUGAGAACAUUAUCGCUUCCGCGGCCCUUGAGAAUGACAAAACCAUCAAACUCUGGAAGAGCGAUACUUAAAAUCUUCGCGAAAAUACAUGAAAUUCUCUCUCA